AACAGCUGUACUACAAAUUUGAUAUUAAAUUGUAUAGGAAGACGUAUGAAAUGGCUUGUCGUCCUAAUGUUUACGAAAGUGGAUAUGAAGAAUCGAGAUUUAAGACUGUUGUUGAUGAAAAUUUUUACUGUUCCAUUUGUCUGAAUGUCAUGAAAGAUGCCAGAAUGUGCCAUAAUCAACACAGUUUUUGUCGUGAAUGUAUUGAAGAACAUCUACGAGUUAAUGUACAAAGAUGUCCUCAAUGUCAAGAUGAUUUAACUGUAGAUACGCUUCAUCCAGCGCGUGUUAUAAAUAAUAUGAUUUCUAAGUUAAAGAUCAAAUGCGACUACGCCAGUCGUGGUUGUCCUGAAUUUAUAAAUGUCGAAGAUCUUGAAAGACAUGUUGAAAAUUGUGGCUUUGCUCCAGUGUUGUGUUCUAAUGAACAUUGUGGUCUGGAAAUAAACAAACGAGACAAGAUUAAACAUGAAACUGAAUUAUGUGAAUACAGAAAGAUUGCUUCUCACGACUUUCGAGAGAUUAGCGAAAUGUUUCAACGAAGUUUUGAAGACAAAAUGGAAAUGCAAAUGAACAACUUAAGCAGGAAAAUAGACAAAAAAUUUUUUGAAGUAAAAGAUUCCGUGAAACCAUUGACAUCUCAGUAUAAAGAAAUGAUGGAAUCUGUAGUAGAAAAUGUUGAACAAAAUCUUUCUACAGUGACCAAAGAAAUGAUGGAA